GAAACAAUGAAAUGGUAAGAUUAAAAAUAAAGAAAUUCAACACAAAGUGCAUGUGAUCAUUUAAACCAGGGGUGGGCAACUGGCGGCCCGCACCAUAUCAGUAUGAUCGCUGAAAAAUGAAAAGACUGCUGUUAAUUCUCCAACCAGGAGAGGGCGCUUGUUUCUGCCGGUCACUAAUUAACCGUAGUAGGAGAUGUGCGCUAUUGAGAACGUUCACCAAAAUGAGUAAAAAGAAAAGAAAAAUUGACAGUGAAAACCGUGUUUUCCAGGCAAGAUGGGAAACAGAUUAUCUUUUUACCGAGUUUAAGGGGGCCCCAUGUGUUUGGUGUGCUUGGAAACGAAAUCGGUUAUGAAGGAUUUCAAUUUAAAUCGGCAUUACGCAACUGCUCACAAAGAAAAAUACGAAAGAUACACCGAUGAUGCAAGAACUGCUCUCAUUUCAGAUUUAAAAGGUAAAAUACAUCGUCAGCAAAACCUUUUCACUAAAUGCAUGACGGUUCAAGAAUCAUCAUUGAAGGCAUCUUAUGCGGUUUCACUCGUGCUUGCGAAAGCGAAAAAGCCGUUAUCAGAGUGCGAAACUGUAAAACAGUGCGCGAUUGAGAUGGCCAAAGCAUUUGGAGACGAGAAAAUGGCCAAGAACUUUGAAUCGGUGUCUUUGUCCCGCCGAACGGUAACACGACGAAUUUCUGACAUACAGUGUCAAAUCCAAGAAAAGCUAAAACAGGAAAUAGAAAAUUGCAAAUACUUUUCCCUCGCGCUGGAUGAAAGCACGGAUGUGACGGAUGUCAGUCAGCUCCUAAUCUUUGCAAGAACGAUCACCGAAAAAUUUGAUGUACACGAGGAGCUGUUAAAGUUGGUAUCAUUACAUGGCACUACAAAGGGAGAGGAUAUUUUUAAAUCUGUUGAAAUUGCGGUGAAUGAGCAUGGAGGCUUUGCUAAACUAUCUGCUGUUGUUACUGAUGGAGCACCAGCAAUGCAAGGAAAAAAGUCCGGAUUCGCUGGGUUACUUAAGAAAAAUGGUGUUAACUGUCCUGUACUGCACUGCAUAAUACACCAGGAGGCCCUGUGUGCGAAGAUUCUUGACUUCAGUCACGUCAUGAAUGUAGUGACAAAAGUCACUAAUCUUAUUCGAGGUGGAAACAGGGCACUCAAUCACAGGAAGUUUACGGCCUUUUUGGAUGAAGUCAGUGCUACUUAUGGGGAUUUACUGAUGCACACAGACAUCAGAUGGAUGAGUCGUGGAAAGUGUCUGGAAAGAUUCUUUGCGCUGCGGACCGAAGUCCCUGUGUUUCUGGAGGACAGUAUCAAAUCGGACACUAGCGCUUACUGCAGCAAUCUACGGGAUCCAGAAUUUCUUUGCGAUCUCGCGUUCCUCACAGAUAUGACUGCGCAUCUGAAUAAUCUGAACACACAGUUACAAGGACGGUCUCAGGCUGUUUCAGAUCUCUACGGUCAUUUGACUGCUUUCAAGCGUAAACUCAUCCUUUUUCACGACGGAUUUUCGUCUGAUCCGGUAAAUUUGACACACUUUUCUGCCUGCGAGGAGAUGCGCAAAGAUACUCCCGAAUGCGAGAUGUUUUUUGCAAAGUACAAAAAAGACAUCGAAAGUCUACAAGAGCAAUUCAGAAUUCGCUUCCAGGACUUUCACGCCAUGCAGCAUCGCAUAGACCUCUUCGCAGACCCUCUGAACGCAGCUGUCAGUGAGCAGCCUGGUGAGAUGCAGCUAGAACUCUGCGAACUUCAGUCCGACCCCUUCUUCCAGGCAAGGCGCAAUGAAAGAGGACUUGAAUUUUGGAAACUGCUACCUGAGUCCCGUUUCCCCCUCCUCAGAGAUUUUGCACUGUUUAUGCUCAGUAUGUUUGGCAGCACUUACAUCUGUGAAAGUAGUUUCUCAACAAUGAAGCACAUUAAAUCAAAAGACAGAAACAGACUGACAGAUGACCAUCUCUUUCAGCUACUGCAGGUUGGCUGUACAAACUUUCAGAUUGACAUUGAUUCAAUUGUGCACCAGCAGGAGAAGCCACAGGUAUCUCAUUAAGACUAUUUGGCAUUAGGAAUGUUGUCAUGAAAUGAUCUAUAAAUUAAUGUGUUUGGAGAAAUGUAUGCACUGAAUUGUUUUUAUAUUCAGUAUUUUAUUACUAUUUUAAUUUAUUUUUAUAGGGAUUUAAUAACUAAUUUUUUCCCAGUUAAUAACUGUUUUAUAUAGCACUUUUAACUGUUCUCAGAGGGUAGUUUAAAAAUGUUCUCUUGGCUACUAAUCAAAAACAGUGUUUUUGUACCUUGGUUGAAAUGCAUACAUUUGUUUUUAUUUAAAAAGUUGGCUGUUUGAAUGAGCAUAAUUGCACAAGUUUUAUAUUUAAACUCGUGGCAUUAAUUGUAUAUUGAGUUCCCUCAAUAAAAAGUAAAUUGUAAAACGUGUCUGUAGAUUAAUACAGUAAUCUGGCCCCCUGGUAUGAAGGAGAAAAAAUGCUGGCCCUCAUCAUUAUGAAAGUUGCCCAUCCCUGAUUUAAACUAUCAUAAUUUCUGUCUGUAUUCUUGUUGUGAUC